ACACAGAGAUAUCCAAAUCUGUUAAUUGCUUCAAGUACUGGUGUUGCCGGAGUAUUCUAUCCAUAGUCUUUUCUGCAUAAUGUUUUUGUGUGCUCAGGAGUGGCUCACGCUGGGGUUAAAUGUUCCUUUGCUUUUUUAUCACUUCUGGAGGUAUUUUCGUUGCCCAGCAGAUAGUUCAGAGCUAGCAUAUGAUCCACCUGCAGUCAUGAAUGCAGAUACCUUGAGUUACUGUCAAAAAGAGGCCUGGUGUAAGCUAGCUUUCUAUCUCCUUUCCUUCUUCUACUAUCUGUACUGCAUGAUCUACACUUUGGUGAGCUCUUAA